CACGUCGGGUGCGGGGUCAGCCGGGGGCAGCUGCCACCGACGCAGUGACCACCUGCUGCCGUGGCCCUGGCCCCCCAGGGCAGCUCGCCCAGCCUUUCGGCUGCCCAUUGGCAACGUGGCAGCUGGUGUGGACACUGCGAGCCAGUAGCCCCAAGGCCGACCGGGAUGGGCUGCGCAUCAUGCCCUCGGAGUGCCAGCCUCUGAGAGCAGUCCAGGAGCCAUGGACACCAACCUGCCAGGCACCUUCCUGCUCAGCGGCCCUUCACUGGCCCCCUUCCCUGAGGCCAAGGCACCUGUCUGCCAGUACUCGGUGCAGAGCUCCUUCUACAAGCUGGGUCCCCCCGGGCUGGGUGCCCAGCUGGCCGCCGGCACCCCACACGGCAUCUCCGACAUCCUCGGCCGGCCCACAGCGACUCCAAACAGCAGCCUACUGCCCAGCUACCCCCACGCAGGUGGAUUUAAUGGACUGAGCUCCCCAGGCGUCUAUUAUGGGCCGCAGGUGGGGGCCCUCCCUAAAGCCAGCAGCGAUUACGUGCCGCGGGGCAGGAGCUGCUGGGCAGAGGCACCCGACUGGCAGGGCAGCCGGCAGUGCGGUGGCCCCCCUGCGCACCUGACUGACAGCCUGCACAAGAAGAAGCACACGCGUCCGACCUUCACAGGGCAUCAGAUCUUCGCUCUGGAGAAGACAUUUGAACAGACCAAGUACCUGGCAGGGCCAGAGAGGGCACGGCUGGCAUAUUCCCUCGGCAUGACUGAGUCCCAGGUGAAGGUUUGGUUCCAGAACCGACGCACCAAAUGGAGGAAGAAGAGUGCCCUGGAGCCCUCCUCCUCCUCACAACGGGCGGGGGGCUCCAGUGGAGAGCGGGCAGCCUCUGAGACCGAGGAUGAUGAGUACAACAAGCCCCUGGACCCUGACUCUGACGAUGAGAAGAUCCGGCUGCUGCUGAGGAAGCACCGUGCAGCUUUCUCUGUGCUGGGGCUGGGCACACACAGUGGCUGAGCACCUGGGAAUGGGUUCUGCUGUGCCCCCACUGCAGCUCCUGCCCAGGGCUCAGGGUCUGGGAACGGCAGCAGUGAAAUAAAGGCCCCUGCCCCAGCACUUACUACAUGGGUCUGCAAUGCCGGGUACCCCAAAGGCUGGGCUGGGAAGGAGCUGAGGCUGGGGGUCCAUGUAUGGGGCAGGAAUGUCCCCCCAGAGCCCUCCCCAGAGUUUCCCCAGAUUGGGUGUGUGCUGGUAGCAAGAAGUGCUGUCCAAAAGUCACUCGUUAGGGCCUCUUGUUGGAACCUAUUAGCAGCAAAUAAAUAUCAUUUAUCUUAACUGUGUGAGUGAGAGCCCAUUCACCUGUCGGGGCUGCAGGAUUGAUGCGGCAGCAAUAACCCUGGCUUGUUUGCUGCCAACCUGUUGGGGCCCCCCCAUGCUGCACCCAGCUUGGUGCAGGCUGCAGGCACUCCUGGGGCCAUGCCCCCCCCUGAUUCCCACUGGCUCAGCUUCUGCUUGCUGAUGGCACGGGGCCACCACCUGUCCUUGCUGCCUGAGGUGCCAAGGGGCUGCUGCUGGGGCCGCCGAGAGCUGACAAAGUGCAAGCAAACAGUGCUACGGUGUCCUGGUGGAGAAAUCAAUAGGCAAUGAUAAGGUGCUGCUGGGCCAUUGUGCAGUGGUUGGCUGUGUGGCACAGGAGUGGAGGUGUUGUUGGGGGCCCCUCUGGCAGCUGCAGGCAGCACUGGUGUCCAAGUCCCCACUUGCACAGUGCAGGU